CGAUCACUGUUCAGUUUAGUAGAGAUUUUUGUGCUUACUUGGUUGGCUGCUCGCGUUUUGUUCUUCCACAGAAAUUUUGAGACUCUUUUUCUCUCCUGUGUCCAGUGUUCAGUGCCUAUUGUUUUUUGUGUGCACUAUUUUGCGUUUUGUGGAAGAGAUUCGCUUCGUCUCCCCCACGCCCAGACGAGCUACUUUACAGACCUAACCCUCAGAGGACACUCCGCCACCCCCGCCAUCACUCCGCUUAGCUUGUCGGCCAACCGAUAUGCCAGCUUGACCGGUCCGCUAGCUUCGCUUUCGCUUCCUUCACCCCGUCGUCGACAUUUCCUGCAACAUUUACUUCGAGUACGAUCCCGCGGCCGUGGCGUCCACCCCGAGUGAUGAGCUGGCCGCACCUCAGGUGCUAAGUGUUCCCUGUGUCCCAGUACCCCCUUCCCCGCCUCUGACCAUGGCUAUGGUGAACAUGAACAAUCUGCUCAAUGGCAAAGACUCACGGUGGCUACAGCUGGAGGUGUGCCGGGAGUUCCAGCGCAACAAGUGUUCUAGACCUGAUACGGAGUGUAAGUUCGCCCAUCCUCCGGCCAAUGUGGAGGUGCAGAACGGCCGCGUCACUGCCUGCUAUGAUAGCAUUAAGGGCCGGUGUAACCGGGACAAGCCACCAUGCAAGUACUUCCAUCCACCUCAACAUCUCAAGGAUCAGCUGCUGAUCAACGGGAGGAAUCACCUCGCGCUGAAGAAUGCGCUGAUGCAGCAAAUGGGUCUAACGCCGGGACAGUCUCUAGUUCCGGGACAGGUGCCUACCGUGGUCGGAGGCAAGUUCCAGAUCCCCACCCCAGCACUGACUUUUGGGCAGCCUCAGUUAGGCCUGAUGGCAACGAACCCCUACCUCGGCAUGCCGCAGGUCGGCUCCACAUUUUCUCCGUACUUCUCUCCCCCCAUCAUCCCCGCAAUGAUGGGGCCCGACCCCGCCACUCAGCUUGGAAUGGUCCAGCAGACGGUCGUCACGCAACAGAAAAUGCCUCGGUCAGAUAGGCUCGAGCCGAGUGUGCUGGGCCUGCCAGUCGCAACCUCUGAGCCAAGGAAACGUCAUCGGGACCCUAGUGAUGACCUGCUACUGAUGGACAUGAAAAGUGUCGGUUCCUUCUACUACGAAAAUUUUGCCUUCCCCGGAAUGGUGCCGUACAAGCGAGCGGCCGGGGACAAGUCCGGAGUUCCUGUGUACCAACCCUCGGCCACGUACCAGCAACUGUUGCAGCCGUUCGUCCCCGUGUCAUGUGAGUACCGGGCCCCCCCCACCACUGCGCCCCUAGCUGCCUUUACUGGGGUGCCUCUCAACAAACAGCCCCCACCCCACCUUACCCAUCACCACCUGGCUGCUCUAGCCUCUAUGCGUCCCCCCGUACCCCCACCAGCCUAUCCCCCCUCCACAUCCACUGCCCCCCCGGCACUCAUCUCCGACCUGCUGGCCGCAGUCAACAACAACAACAACGACGAUGAACUGCAGCCGUACAAAAAAAUGAAAACCACUUGAGAACACUGUGAUCGAAUGUAUCUUAGCCUCGAUGUCAGAUGUGUCUAUAUUAGUGUUCCUAUAGUUCGCUAGUGCCCGCGGAUAAAUAUGAACUUAUAAUUUUUCCGAAAAAAUUUGACCGUGUCCGAGUUUUAUGUUUUUAGUUUGUUGUAAGUUUAACAUGUGCAUUUUUGAAGGUUUUGUAGUAUUAGCGUUGUAGGUUCGUUCUUUUAGGUUUGGAAAAUUCACUAUCGUUUUGCUUGUUCACUCACAGCUUCGAAUGUAAAUAUAGUGGGCUGAAAGAGGGUGGCAUGGUUGUUGUUCCCCUUGCAUUUUGUGUUCUCCUAAAUUUUAUACUCUGACUGCUCUCCGCUUUCCGGUGAAUUUCUCAUUUAUUUAUCGAACAAUUGAUUUUUAAACGGUCUUCAAUGCGGCAAUGUUAGAAAUCAAACAAAACCAAAGUGUAGUUAAGGUCAGACCUUAAUCUUGUAAUGUAUUAGCGACAUUUUGUUAAAUAUUAUUAUGUUAUUGUUUUGUUUCUGUAAAUUGUUUUUAUGUUUAAAUACUAUCGACGGUGGAAUUGUCAAUAGUGAUGUACACUUAAGAGUGCAAUGCACUAUUAAAAAUAUUAAACCGUAAACUAUAUAAGUUAUUUAGUGACUUAGCGUAAAUAGUCGUUUAUAAACUUUAGUUGUUGUAGACUUUGUUGAGUGUUAAAUAUAUCUUCAUUUCCUUCCACCUAGAAUAGUUGCCUGUUGUUGUUAUCAUCUUUCGAUGAAUAUCGCUAAACUAUGUGUUGAUAUAUGCUUGAUAAUUCUGCUACUAGUUAAAGUCUUGCUUGCUUUUGGUUUGAUUUCUUUCGUUUGCCGAUUGAGGCUGCGCUAAAAGAACGGACCUAACAUUUUACUGGUUAAGUGCCUUCUCAAUCGAUGCAAUGGCAUGCAUAGGCUGCUUCCAUUCGACACCGGAACUGUGUUUACACGUCCAAAUGCACCGUUUUCCAUAUUUAUUGUCAUACAAGUGUAUAAGUUAAAUGUAGGACGAUCGAUAAACUCGUUGUAAUUUUAAAAACACCGAUUACAUUUACACUCGCAUAUACAUUAAACACGACAUACAUUUAUAAGUACAUCGACAAGGAUUAAAUCUGUGUUAUUUAAACAUUAGGUAAAAUAUAGUCAUUAUAGCGUUAAACUAAAUGGUGUGAAGAGAUGUAUAUAAUCGACAUGAUACAUUCUAGAGUAUUUUGUGAUGUGUUGUACACUUAAUGUAUCUUUAACCUAACAAAAGUACCUACAUCGGCUUGGUCCAUGUACCGUAGGUUCGUUAUAUUUUAUCGUUUGUGUUUAUGUUACACUGUUCACAGUGUCUAGCUGUCUUAUAUAUUUAUAUUUUAACCUGCUUAGCAGAGUAUUAAGGUUAUGUGAGUCGGAUGUGCGUCAAAACGCUACUCCACUCAUGCCUGUAACGUGUCGGUUCAGUAUUAUGUAUUAAUCUUAUUGCUACCGAGUAAAAGAAAUGCAUGAUUAUUGGUUUCAAUUAA